UUACCACUGAAAAAAAAAAACUAGCCGCAGUGCCCCCACCCUCCACUGCCGCCGCCGGCUCGCCGCAGUCCCCACUGCCGCCGCCGGUCCAGCAGCCAUGCCGCCACCGCCAUAUGCGUCUCCGGCGCCUAGUCUCCCCUGCUUCCCCUCUCAUUCCAGGCGGCCAUGGCAAGCGGCCGGAACCUCAUCGCGCCGUCGCGGCCACCCUCCCCUAAUUUCCCCCGCCUGUCAUCUCCAGCCGCGACAGCCUGCUCGCGCUCGCCGUCGAUCGGUACGUGAUCGUCCCACCCACUCGAGUUGACAAAUCGGAUGCUGCCUGAUAAUUUUUUCUUCCUGAAGCGACGGGUGCUGCCUGAUAAGGGGACAGUGUGCCCGCACGUCGCCGCGACGACCCCGCCGGAGCUCCAUCUGACGUGUUGCGUCAGGUUGUCUGGUGGCCUGGCUGUGUGAGAUCCAAGUCCCCGGACUAUUGCUACCAUGGCGCAUUUAUGCCGACGAGGACUGCGAUGGGACUCCGGUCACCCGAUGGUUGUGAGUCGACCACGGUUUCUUGGCGUGUUUGAUACAAUCAACACAUCCAUGGCUUUGACAUGGAGCAUUUCUUGGUCCUUUAAUUCCCCACAAAGAUCAGCAGCUAGCAGUUUCAUAUCUGCAAGCAAGCAAAUACAGAGCAUUUCUUUCAUACCAUCUCCUUACUUUGCCCUUCACAAGCAUAUGCGAAGAAGGCUUAAUGGGCAUGACUCUGCUCCCCCUUUUCAUCCUCCUAAUAUUGAUUUGUCUCUGCAAAUCCGAUGACCGCCUAACACCUACGAAGCCACUCUUGCCUGGCGACAAGCUCGUCUCCAACAAUGGCAUCUUUGCUCUUGGUUUCUUCUCCCCAGAAAACUCGAGCGCAAACUCAUAUGUAGGCAUAUGGUACCAUGCCAUCCCGGAGCGGACAUAUGUGUGGGUGGCCAACCGCGACAACCCAAUCGGCAGCGGUUUGUCCGGGAAGUUGGUUCUCACCAACAGCUCUGACCUUGUCUUGUCCGAUUCCAAGGGCCGUAUCCUUUGGAGGACGACGAACAAUGUCACCGCCGGGGGUGAUGGGGCUGUGGCGCUGCUGCUCGAGGCGGGGAACUUUGUCGUGCAGUUGCAGAAUUUCACGCAGAUAUGGCAGAGCUAUGAUCACCCGACUGACACCAUCCUCCCCGGCUUCAAGUUAUGGGCGAACUACAAGACCCACACAGCAGUGCGCAUCGUUGCUUGGAAGGGUCCUCAAGACCCAUCCACCGGGAAAUUCCUCCUCAGUCGUGACCCCAGCACGGGCCUCCAGAUCCUCACCUGGCGCGGGACAAGCAAGUACUGGCGCAGCGGACUGUGGAACGGUGCAGAAGCCUCGGACAAGAACGGAUACAUGUGGUCCCAGAACGUCGAUGACGGAGAGACCAUCUACUCGACGUACAACACGGGCAACAGCUCCUCCCGGAGAUCCCACUGGAAGCUGGACUACACAGGCGACUUGAUGCUCAGGAUCUGGAGUGGCCAGUCAUGGGUGGUUCUGUUCAAGCGCCCAGAUGAUGGCUGCCGCCAAUACGGCUCGUGUGGUCCGUUUGGCUACUGUGACAUGCCCACCAGGGAGUGCAGGUGCCUUGAUGGGUUCGAGCCGGCGGACGGCUUCAGCGCCAACUUCUCCAGAGGAUGCGUGAGAAAGGAGGCGCUGACAUGUCGUGGCUACCAUUUCUCGGCCUUGCCUGGGAUGAAGGUACCUGACGAAUUUGUGUAUGUUAGGAGCAGAAGCUUCGAGGAGUGCACUGCUGAGUGUGAGCGUAACUGCUCCUGCACCGCGUAUGCUUACGCCAAUCUGAGCAGUAUUGUCGCAACCGGUGGCCCAUCAAGAUGCUUGGUCUGGACAGGGGAGCUUGUCGACUUAGAGAAGACAGGCGUACUUGGUGGCAACCUGUACCUUCGGCUUGCUGGCUCUCCUGGACACAACAGGAAGAGUGGUGUCCGUGUGGUAUUAAAGAUUUCACUCCCAGUUAUAUCGUUCCUGGUGAUACUCUCAUGCAUAUAUCUUGUCUGUAUAUGCAAGCUAAGAGGGAAACAAGUAAACAAAGAAAGCAUGAAAAGACCGGCCCUGGAACAGUUUAGCACUUCGCAAGAAGUUUGGGAUCAAAAUUUGGAAUUGCGCUCUAUUAGGUUCGAAGACAUCGCUGCUGCAACAAACAGUUUCCAUGACACGAACGUACUUGGAAAAGGAGGGUUCGGCAAAGUCUAUAAGGGAACACUAGAAAACGGAAAGGAAGUUGCUGUUAAAAGGCUUAGCAAGGGUUCUGAGCAGGGUAUAGAGCAUUUUAUAAAUGAAGUGGUUCUUAUUGCCAAAUUGCAGCACAAGAAUCUAGUUAGACUUCUUGGCUGUUGUAUUCAUGAGGAUGAGAAGUUGCUUAUUUAUGAAUACUUGCCCAACAAAAGCCUAGACAAGUUUCUCUUUGAUACUGCAAGGAAGUCUAUACUUGACUGGCCAAGAAGGUUCAACAUAAUCAAAGGGGUAGCUAGAGGACUUAUGUAUCUCCACCAAGAUUCGAGAACGACGAUAAUCCAUAGAGACCUCAAACCAAGCAACAUCCUGCUAGAUGUGGAGAUGAACCCGAAAAUAUCAGAUUUUGGAAUGGCAAGGAUCUUUGGAGGCAACGAGCAACAGGAAAGUACCAGACGAGUUGUUGGGACUUACGGGUACAUGUCACCUGAGUAUGCGAUGGAGGGCAUUUUUUCCGUCAAGUCUGACAGCUACAGCUUUGGUAUUUUGCUACUGGAGAUUGUAAGUGGAUUAAAGAUCAGCUCACCUCAUCAUCUUGUGAUGGACUUUUCAAACCUCAUAUCCUAUGCUUGGAACCUGUGGGCAGAUGGAAAAGUGAGGGAUUUCGUGGACGCAGCCGUCACGGAGAGCUAUUCGCUUGACGAAGUGUCCAAGUGCAUCCAUGUUGGGCUCUUGUGUGUCCAGGACAACUCCAGUGCUAGGCCACACAUGUCAUCGGUAGUGUCCAUGCUCGACAGUGAAGCCAUGCCUCGUGCAGCGCCGGAGCAACCUGUGUAUUUUGCACGGAUAAACUAUGAAAGCAGUGAAGCGAUGGAAGACACUGAGAACUCUGCUAAUGGCGUGAGCCUUACGGCACUAGAAGGACGAGUCCUUGUCCCCAUGACGCUGGGCUCCGAGUCUGAGGUCAACGGUGCCAAUGCACACGACCAUGAAUACUCUGGAUGCCCCAGCUAUGGCGGAAAGGCGAGGUCGCAGCACAUCGUGCUCACCAGUAUGUCGAUUGAUCUACGUUGCAUGAGAUUAUAUGUAGGCAUAUGGUACCAUGACAUACCGGAGCGGACAUAUGUUUGGGUGGCCAACCGCGACAACCCAAUCGGUAGCGGUUUGUCAGGGAAGUUGGUUCUCACCAACAGCUCUGACCUUGUCUUGUCGGAUUCCAAGGGCCGUAUCCUUUGGAGGACGGCGAACAACGUCACCGCCGGGGGUGACGGGGCUGUGGCGCUGCUGCUCGAGGGGGGGAACUUUGCCAUCCAGUUGCAGAAUUUCACGCAGAUAUGGCAGAGCUAUGAUCACCCGACUGACACCAUCCUCCCCGGCUUCAAGUUAUGGGCGAACUACAAGACCCACACAGCUGUGCGCAUCGUUGCUUGGAAGGGUUCUCAAGACCCAUCCACCGGGAAAUUCCUCCUCAGUCGUGACCCCAGCACGGGCCUCCAGAUCCUCACCUGGCGCGGGACAAGCAAGUACUGGCGCAGCGGACUGUGGAACGGUGCAGAAGCCUCGGACAAGAACGGAUACAUGUGGUCCCAGAACGUCGAUGAUGGGGAGACCAUCUACUCGACGUACAACACUGGCAACAGCUCCUCCCGGAGAUCACACUGGAAGCUGGACUACACAGGCGACUUGAUGCUCAGGAUCUGGAGUGGCCAGUCAUGGGUGGUUCUGUUCAAGCGCCCAGAUGAUGGCUGCCGCCAAUACGGCUCGUGUGGUCCGUUCGGCUACUGCGACAUGUUCGACAAGAUCAGCGGCGAGUGCAAGUGCCUCGAUGGGUUCAGGCCGGCAGACGGCUUCAGCGCCAGCCCCUCCAGAGGAUGCGUGAGAAAGGAGAACCUGACAUGCCGCGGCGACCAUUUCUUGACUUUGCCGGAGAUGAAGGUGCCUGACAAGUUUGUGUAUGUGAGGAACAGAAGCUUCGAGGAGUGCACUGCUGAGUGUGAGCGUGACUGCUCUUGCACCGCGUACGCUUACACCAACCUGAGCAGUAUCGUGGCGACCGGUGGCCCAUCAAGAUGCUUGAUCUGGACAGGCGAGCUUGUUGACUCUGAGAAGGCUGGUAUGCUUGGUGGCAACCUGUACAUUCGGCUUGCUGGUUCUCCUGAACACAGUUCUGCAGUAAACACCACGAAGAGGGGUGUCAGUGUGGUAUUCAAGAUCGCACUUCCAGUUAUAACAUUCCUGCUGACACUCACAUGCAUAUAUCUCGUCUGCAUAUGCAAGCAAAAAGGGAUACAAAUAAACAAGGAAACCCUGAAAAAACCGGCCCUGAAACACCUGAGCACUUUGCAAGAAGUUUGGGAUCAAAAUUUAGAAUUCCAGUCUAUUAUGUUCGAAGACAUUGCUGCUGCAACAAACAGUUUCCAUGACUCGAACGUACUUGGAAAAGGAGGUUUUGGCAAAGUCUAUAAGGGAAUACUAGAAGAUGGAAAGGAAGUUGCUGUUAAAAGGCUUAGCAAGGGUUCUGAUCAGGGGAUAGAGCAUUUUAGAAAUGAAGUGGUUCUUAUUGCCAAAUUGCAGCACAAGAAUCUAGUUAGACUUCUUGGGUGCUGUAUUCAUGAGGAUGAGAAGUUGCUUAUUUAUGAAUACUUACCCAACAAAAGCCUGGACCAGUUUCUUUUUGAUAUUGCAAGGAAGUCUAUGCUUGAUUGGCCAAAGAGGUUCAACAUAAUCAAAGGGGUAGCUAGAGGACUUAUGUAUCUCCACCAAGAUUCGAGAACGACGAUAAUCCAUAGAGACCUCAAGCCAAGCAACAUCCUGCUAGACGUGGAGAUGAACCCAAAAAUAUCAGAUUUUGGAAUGGCAAGGAUCUUUGGGGGCAACGAACAACAAGAAAGUACCAGACGAGUUGUUGGCACGUACGGGUACAUGUCGCCUGAGUAUGCGAUGGAGGGCAUUUUUUCCGUCAAGUCCGACACCUACAGCUUUGGUAUUUUGCUACUAGAGAUUGUAAGUGGAUUAAAGAUCAGCUCACCACAUCAUCUUGUGAUGGACUUUUCAAAUCUCAUAUCAUUUGCAUGGAACUUGUGGGCAGAUGGCAAAGUGAAGGAUUUCGUGGACCCAGCCGUCACGGAGAGCUACUCGCUUGAUGAAGUGUCCAAGUGCAUCCAUGUUGGGCUCUUGUGUGUCCAGGACAGCUCCGGUGCUAGGCCUCACAUGUCAUCCGUUGUGUCCAUGCUCGACAGUGAAGCCAUGCCUCGUGCAGCGCCGAGGCAACCUAUGUAUUUCGCGCAGAUAAAUUACGAAACCAGUGAUGCGACAGAAGACCUGGAAAACUCCGCCAAUGGUGUGAGCCUUACGGCACUAGAAGGACGAUAACUGGCUCAUGUAACUGUGCCAUUUCUACUAGCUAUCAAGAUUUACUUAUAUUUGAAGGAAUGUAUUCUAAUUAAGAUUUGUGUGCUUCUUUUCCUUGUUGGCCAUGGCAUUAAGCCCACUUUUGUUGGAUUGUACCGUUGACAUGGAUUGACAAUUUUUUGUCAAAUUAGUUGAGCGAUAAGUGUGAUA